GCCUGGAGCGUCGGGAGGUGUGGGGCAGUACAGCGCAUGCGCAGAUAUCGAGUUCCCGCCGCGGCGCUUGGUUUCCCGCUGCGCCCGCGGCCAUUGGCUGUUGGCGGUGACGCACCCGAGGGACCGGCCGUUGGCGGUGACGGCUGCCGGGGCCCAGCGGGCGGCGGGACAAGCGGCGAACUUGAUUAUUCACCACUUCCAAAGAUGAAGAGGAAAGCUGCAAAAGUUGGGCAGUUGAGGCUUAGUCCUAAUGAAGAAACCAUGCUUCUGAAACAAGAAUAUGAAAGAAGAAGAAAACUGAGGCUACAGCAAGUUAGAGAGCAACAGAAGUAUAUUGCCUUGCAGAUAAGGCAGAAAGUAAAGCAGAGGAGAGAAGAACAGCUGCAUCGGUUAGAGGAGGCACUGAGAGCUGAAUGGCAGAAAGCACAGGAUGAAAAGAUGAAAGCCUUAGAAGAACUGUAUUUAGCAAGCUUAAGAGCAAUUGGUGAGGGUCACCGACAAGCCAAGGAGCACGAACCUGACUUAGAAGCUCUGGCAAAGCAAGCAGAGGAAAGGAAGCAAAGAGCUGAAAAGAGACACAGGAAAGCCCUGAAAGAGCAGAAGUACCAAAAAGAAAAAUUACUUUGUGAGCAAGCACGACGAACAAAUGCACGUAGAUACGCUCUGGAAGUGGAAAGACAAAGAGCAGCCAAAGUAGCGAGCCUGCCACCCCCUCAGCCACAUCCUCUGGAGAAUAUUGAAGUGAAAAAGACUCCUGCAGUGAAGCCCUAUAGCGCUGGCAACUUUUCUGUUACACGUUAUCAUAUUUCUGAACCUUACGUGGACAGAGAAGUGGAUGGCGAGCAGCCAGACGCUCGGUUGGCUGCUGAAGAGGAGGGGAAGCGUUUGGAGGAACUACACAGAGAGGCAGAGAGGGAGAGAAGAGAGCAGCUUGAAAAGGCCCAUCUCAGAGGAAAUCAUGCCUUGAAGAAGGUCCAUUUGGCUCAGGGCAGGGAAAGGCUGCUGAAAGAACUCGAGCAAAUGCAGAAUAUGGAUCGGAUGCGCAGAAGACAGACUGUAGCGCAGAUGCCACCUCAGCUUUUUGUGCCUGCAUACAAACGCAUGGAGAUCAAAGAAGAAUGGCAGAGAGAACUGGAGUUUGCGUUUGAAGAUAUGUACAGUGAAGACAGGAGAAUGAAAGGAGACCUGAUUUUGCAGUUUGAGCCACAGCCUCUGCCAGCCCCUUCUGACAGAUCUCAAGAUAAUGAGCUUGAUAUCUCUUUGGAGCAGGAAUCUGCCUGUGACACUCAACAAGAAUCUGCUUGUGAUACUCAGCAAGAAUCAGGACAGAUGAUGGAAGAGGAGGUCCCCAAUGAACCAGAAAAUCACGAAGAAGUAAAAACUCACCAACCUCAGUCAAAACUUGCCCUAAAGAAAUUACUGAAGAAGAUUCGGAGCCAAAAAGAGGAGUGGACGUCAAGAAGUGAGAAAGAGAGUCAAAGUGAAAUUGGGACUAUUGAAUCAGGCACAAUUGCUAGUGAAGAGAGACCAUUAUGUGAUUCAGAACUUAACUGUGAGCAACAGAAGAAUACAGUAGGUCAAGCCAAAGACUCUGUGGAAAUGUUGGAAAAUACAGUCACAGCUGAAAAUUCAGUUCUAAUUCAUCCUCAAGAGCAAGCAGCUAAAAUUAGAAUGGAACAGGCAAGACAAAAGUGGAAUGAGCAAAUUGAGCAACAGAAACAGGAACAGCUGGCCUUGCUUAGACAAAUUGAAGAAGAGAAAGCAUGUUUGGAAGAUGCUUUUCUGAAGAUCCAAAUGCAAAACUGUUUGGAGGAGGCUCAGAAAAAAAAAGAGGAUAAAGACCAAGGUCAACUGGUAGGAAGCCACAGUAUUCCUCCUACAGAUCAGCAGAACAAAGUGGAACAUGAGACUGGAGAUGCUACUGUAUCAGAAACCAGGAGUACUAGAGAAGACAGCCGUUUACAGAGGCUUCGUAAUUAUCAACAGUACCUUCUACAGCAAAAUAGGCUGCUCAGACAGAUCAUUGAUGAAGAAACUAGACAUCUUCUACAGGAGUAUCAGAAUAAACUGAAGCAAAGAUACUUGUUUACUUCUGCAACACCUCCGAGCUCUGUGGAAACAAAAUCAAUUAAUUUAAAGCCUGUUUCAGAACCACUUACACAGAGGCAAGGAGUGCAACCAACACAGUACCAGUCGUCUGAAGAGGUUCAGGGACAAGAAUAUGCACAGUCACUACCCAUGUUUUCAGGAACAUUGCGUACAUUGGAAAAAACAUCCUCACAGAAACGUGAAGAGCAAAUACAUAACGUUUGUCCUGGUAGACAUGUGCACAUUUUAGAAAAAUCAAAAUUGAAGCAUGGAGAGUUUUGUUUGCCAUGUGACAGUCCUUCACAGGAACAAGUGGGAAUGUUGGAAACCUCCAAUAGUUAUGUCAGGGAACCAUCUCGGUUCCAGCUGCCGUCAGGUUUAGUCGUGAAAGAUGUCACUGCAGUAAGAACACAACCGGAAGCACGAGCGCAACAUGUUACAUUUGUUUUGCCUGCAGAAGAUUCCUUUGAGCCUUCAGAAACAGUGCACUGUGAAGAGUCAUCUCAGAAUAUGUCUAACCACCAAACAGAGACAGAAGCUGGAGAAGAGCCUCCACUUAAGACACCCCCUAUGCCAUCAACAAAGGGAUCUCCUCUAGUUCAGGCAGCCCCAGUAGAUUCUUUGGCGUAUCAGCAUGGAUCUGUAGGGAGCAUCAUCAAAACAAGCCUUGAACAACCUCUCAGUCUUUCUCAACCUGUGACUUUAUCUCAUGAAGAAUCUAAAGCCCAAGGUGCUGAAGAAUUCUCAUUAUCAAAAACUGGAGAUGCAGCUUUGUUAAACUAUUCUGGUAUACUGAAUUUAAGGGACAGAGUGUUGGCCUCAUCAAAAAGCAUUCAAGCUCAGCAAAAGUAUUUGAAAGAAUUGCAAGAGCAGCUUGAUGCACAAAGAGAAGCUCUUCUUUCUAGGCAGAAAAUACAAGAACAACUGCUUUUAGAGAAGCAAGAUAAAUUGAAGGAACAGAUGCAGAGACAGCAAGAGGCUUUGAAAAAAUUUCUGAACAAGAAGGUGAGACGUAAGUGUGCAAAUGAAGAAACGACAGAGGCACAAAAGCCUGACUGGAUUAAUAGGACUGACUUUUUCCAAGGCUCAGAAAACUACCAACAAGAGAAUUGUGGCAGGAGUAAAUUUCACAGAAGUCAAAUGACUUCACGGUGCAUCGGUCCAGCUGAGCAAACUGAACAGUCUGAGAAUGUUCUUUGGCGAGAACGAAGAUGGAGAUCUUCCAAACCACCUGUGACAAAAGUCAAGUUAGGGCUCGAUUUGGAACAACAUGAACUUAGUGUUAUACCAGAGGUAGACACAUCGAAGAGCUUCAACAUUUCUUUUGCAGCCCAGUCCCAGGAUUCUCACGUGGUUCAAGAUUCACCAGUUCUUGCUGCUGAAAUUGAAGAGGGAGUUACAACGCGUUCUGGACUAUCAUCCAAGCUCAAUAAUACGGAAGUACUUUCUAAAGUAGAAUCCACGCCCUUAGGUUCAGAGGCUUUCAUGCAAGGAAAACCCUGUGACUUGUCUUCAACAAUUUCCACUGGAAGCCUUUCGACUAGUGAAACAUUGGAUGUAAGCCCUGGUGAUACUGGUUUGUCUUCUGAUGGUAUGGAAGGUAGAAUUUUGAGAGAAACAGCAGGACAUCCUUGGAACUCCUCGCUGCCUUUUACUGUGCGGCAAAAGCAAGAGAAUUUGUCUGGAGCAUCUGGAACUCUGUUGCCUGACGGAGAGGUGUAUCAUUAUAAAGGAAAUCAGAGACAGCAGGGGCUGGGGAAACGUACUGGAGACUUGGACUCUGGCUCAGAGGACAAGACAUGUUUUCAAGCUCCGGCAGCUGAACUUGAUUUUCUUCAAACACAGAGACAUCUGCUGAACUUUCAUCACCAGCUCUUUCAGCCUUUGGAGCCAAGUCUUGACUUGGAUAGUUCAUCGUCAUCCAGUUCUCAAUACAGAAUUUUGCAAGACAGUAGAGAACUUAGCAAGACUUCAAAACUUUCAACAAAAAGCCAAGACGUGUCUACAUUUGUAGAAUUGAGCAACUCCAGUCUGAACAUAGAAAGCAGCAGUCUGCCUUCUGCUCUUGAAACAAACAGGCCAAACGUUACAGCAGAAGAGUCUGUUAAAGAGCAUUCUACUCUAGGUUCUGAAGACUCUUUCCACCCACUGCAAUUGGAAUCUACCCUGAGUGACCACUGUCAGAGUGCUGAUCAGCCAGUGGACCUCAAUGCUGUGUUCCAGAGAUCUUUUGAACAAACCUCUGGAAUUAAAAAAUGGGGCAAUGAGAACUGCAUUUCAUCUGCCAGAGAAUAUGAAGAACUGACAAAAAAUAUGGAACAUAUUAAUCUCCAGUGUUCCAUGGAAGAUCAGCAAAAUGAAAGUGUGAAUCCACUGGAAGAGCAGAAAUCAUUUUAUCUGCUAGAUGCUCCACCAGGUACAGUGGAUGAAACUUUCCCUAAACGCUUAUCACAAGAGACUGUGAAUUCUGAAAAAUUACCUGUGGAGGCAUUUGAUAAGAAGUAUGUGAAACUGCCUGAAAAAUCAGUUCAUGUACAUGAAGCAAAUAAAGCUGUGGAACUGGAUUCUCAGUGCAAUACAAAUAUAAAGGAGCCAGAUCAAGGUUUUCCAGAAGUAAAAAAAGCUUCAGGGAUUCCCAGAGGAACCAACUUGGAAGACACGGACAUCCAUUUACAGGCUGUCAUACAACAGAAUGGUUCUUUCCUGGGAAGACAUGAAGAACAUUCUAAAUCUGUGCCCAGAAGCUCGUGUCCUAUUCCAGUCUGGGAGACUGAGUCAGGGUGUGGUAUUCUGGAAGAACCUGAGCUCACUCUGAUAGGCUCAAACGACAUCAGUCUGGCAGAAUCAGACAUUGAACAUACUAACCAAGAGAAAAUUAAAGAGGAUGGAAUCAAUAAAGCAGCAUGUGUGGAUCAGCCUGAUUUUAAUGUUUUUACUGAGGAGAGAGAAUUUUUCCCGCUAGCUCCAGAUGUGGAUUAUUCGGUGUUUGCAAGUCCUGAUGGUUCGUCCAAAGCCCAGAGUCCCGAUGACAGUCACUUUCCAUCACAUCAGACGGCAGCGAUGCUGCUGGAGUUUGCGUCUACACCAGGAAGUUUGCAAGAAUCAUUUUUAAAAAGAAAGAAGAACUUCAUCCAGAAAUCUCUGAAAAGAGUAGAAGAAAUGAAAAAUAAAGACAGAGAAAAUGCAAAGCCAGAAGCCAGACAGUUUCAAAGAGGAAAGUCUGAGAAGUUAAGCAAGCGAAAGGAAUCUAUUCCUGCCUGUGGUAGGUUUAUCUGGGGACAAGAUGUAACAUUAGGAAAAAAAGGUGCAGUUGCCAAUCAGUUGAAGAAAGUAGGAGAAGUGAAGGUGUCUUCUCCAGAAGACAGACAAGCUGGAGAAACUGAAAUGCAUCAGCGUACUUCAAGACUUUGUAAUCAACUUGCAGAAGUGAAAAUCAGAAAGGAAGAAAAAACAAGGCAAGAAACUUAUGCUAAAAACAGGGAAAAGGCAAAAGAGUUUCAAAAGAAAAUGCUGGAAAAACUAAGAGCCAAGAGGACUUGGAAAGCACCGUGAGUGGCAGACUUGGAGCAACGAGGAACACUUGUGUAUUGGUACAAUCCCAAGAGUAAUGCGGACUUCAUUAAGUGAACUGUGGAGUACCCUGUAGUACCCUGUUUUACUGAAAUCCUGCAGAAGCAGAUUAACCAGUUUAAAUCGUGGUUUGCCUCAGAUUGUGUAGACUGACAUUGUGAAAAGCCUUUACUUACAUGUGUUGGGUGUUUGAAAGGGAGAUCAUACAAUUUCUUGUAACACACCCGUAUUAAACAUUUUCAAAUAAAGUUUUUAAAAAUACCUGAA